UCGGGGCAGGGUUCGGGGAGUAUCCUUCGGGGCAGGAUUCAGGAGGGAUCCUUCGGGCAGGGUUCGGAGGCCGCUCCGCGGGCGGGGAGCGGCGCCGCGCCGGCCUUGGGGCGCCACCCAGCGGCGCAGCGGGGCAGCACCGCCGCAGGCACAGCCCGCUCCGGCUGCCGCGGGCCCCGAGUGGCGAUGGAACAGGGGGUUCUGAUUGCCUUUGGGCACGGCUGGGCUGAGAUAAAACUCUUGCUUGUGUUGAUUCUUUAUUGCUUCCAAGAGCUUCCAAGGAACGCUUGAUUUCGCUGGGUUAGUUAAGCGCUGGGGUGGUACGGAUAAGGUGACGUUGCUCAGAGAACAUCCUGUGGUCCAUAGCAGAGAAAAGGGGAGAUGAAAGAAGGAGAAGAUAGAAUGAAAUGCUCAUGUUGAGCCCAUGUAAGCAAAGGAGUGUGCAUUUUGAAAAAGAGCCAAAAAUGGGCCAUGGUUUUCAGCACUUUUGCAAAACACAGCACUGCAGCUUUUUUCUUUGUAAGUUCUUCUGACUGCAAGGAGCAUUUCAGUUCUUAGUGGCUGUGCUUCAGUCCGGAAAUGACCGUAGUGAUUGAAGUUCCUCAUAGCCCCAGCACAUCAAUUUUGUGUGAGGAAAUGCUUCAUCAUCCCUGCUGAGUGUCUGCACUGGAAACAUGCAACCCUCCUGUGAACAUGAAGACACAAGCUUGCUGCUCCAGCCACUGUUGGAGGGACAGGAUUAUGGAGCUGCUGCAGCAGGUGGGACACAGUGUCCAUCAGGGGCUGUGUCAAGGAACAAUCCAGCAAAGAGGGAUUGCCUGGUAGUGGCCGUGCUGUGCUUUGGGAAUUUAAUAAAUUUCAUUGAUUGGUUCAUUGUGCCAGGGAUCCUGUUGGAUAUACAGAAAUACUUUGGGCUUAGUGAUGGGAAGACAGGUCUGCUGCAGACAGUCUUCACCUUGUGUUACAUGCUGGCUGCCCCCAUCUUUGGCUACCUCGGAGAUCGCUACAACAGGAAGAUCAUCCUUGGAGCUGGGAUUUUUUUCUGGUCUGGUGUGACCUUGGGGAGCUCGUUCAUCACUGAGUCGCAUUACAGGAUAUUUGUUCUUUCACGAGGAUUGGUUGGCAUUGGCUCUGCCAGUUACUCCACUAUAGCACCUACCAUCAUUGCAGACCUGUUUGAGGAAGGAAAAAGGACCACAGUGUUAUCUAUCUUCUACAUCUUCAUUCCAGUGGGAAGUGGCUGUGGUUAUAUGCUGGCAGCUGGUGUGGCAAAAAGCACAGGUGACUGGCACUGGGCAUUCAGGGUAACUCCUUGCAUGGGAGGACUGGCACUGCUUCUCCUGAUUCUACUGGUCCCUCACAGGAUCCAGAGAAAGACAGCAGCACACAGAGCACUGAGCAUCUCUGGCAUGAUAGGAAGAGCAGAUGAGAAGCCAGAUGUACACAGAACUACCAGGACUACUUGGUGUCAAGAUGUGGGAUCACUUGUCAAGAACUGUAGUUUUGUGUGCUCCUCACUGGGUCUGACUGCCAUGGCCUUUGUCACUGGGGCCCUGGGAAUGUGGAUGCCACUGUUUCUGUACAGAGCUCAGGUUGUCCAGGGCCUUGUCCCACCGUGCCUCCAAGACUCGUGCAAUUCAUCUAACAGCCUAAUAUUUGGAGGCAUCACCAUUGGGACAGGAAUCUUGGGUAUUAUUGCUGGGGCAGAAGCUGCACGACGUUUAAGGAAGAUAAACAACAAAGCUGAUCCUCUGAUCUGUGCCACAAGCAUGUUCAUUUCUGCCCUGUGCCUCUACAUAGCUCUGAUGGUGGCCCAGACAAACAUCCUUUCCACUUUUAUUUUUAUUGCAUUUGGAGAACUGUUUUUGUCUGUAAACUGGGCUGUUGUGACAGACAUACUGCUGAGGUUUGAAAGGAUGAUCCCAAUGAGGCAAAGUUGAUAGUGCAUGAACUAUUAGCAAGUUCCCUUAGUUCAGAGUACAGUGCAGAUGAAUUCCAGCUCUUGCAAGUCCAAUUCAGAGGUCUGCUACACUGCCAGAGCAUCAGGCCAGCAGUGAUGCUUAAGGACUGACACCACAAGCCAGGGAAUAGCAGUGCAUGAUUUCAUUUGGAUUCUCUCAUCAGUAAUUUCUUUUGAAAGGAGUGAUGUGAAAAGCACACAUCCUGUAGCACAGUUUGUCUAGACUGUGAUGAGCAGCUUCUUUUUAUCAUUUCAAAGGUUUUUAGAGUUAGUAAUUUUACUUGAGUUUUUACUCUAAAUAAAAAUUUGGCAACCUUUCAUUUAGGCUGUAGCUCCACAGUCACUAAUAGAUGUCUGUGUAAACCCUGGGGCAGAUACUAUGAUUGCUAAUCUACACAGAUCAUUUUAGUCUUAUCAAGUCAUUUAUAGGACUUUUUUUUUAAUAAUCCAUAAUAUGAACAAGUUGAAUAUGGUUUAUCAGUGCAGUAAGCAAAGAAAUGCUCAUAUCUGAUAGACUGCAGGAAGCUGAUUUAAAUACCAAAGUUAUUUAUAUGACUGACAGUUCUUUUGUUGCUACCCGUGGACAUAAGACAAAAUAUUUAAAUUGACACUACCCUUUUCUCUGAGGAAUAGAUCACCCAAGGGACCCAAACUCUGCUUUGGGAUUCCUGUGCUGAGAAACUGUGGAUGUGAUGGUAACCCUAAUAUUUCAAGCAGGAAGCUCCCUGUGAGACAGGGACUGUUCAGACAAGUGAGGUACAGGCACAAUGCUGCUGCGGGUGGCACUGAAAGUGGAAAGUGGGGAAAUUGUGUAAAGCCAUCAGGACGAGUGAGAGAAGGCACAAAGUGAAGGGACAGCGGAACAGAGAUCUUUGACUGCUUCUUCCCAAGCAAAAGUCAUGUGAGUGUUUCCCAUUUUACGUAAGAGUGUUUCAUUCUAAGGGAGCUGAAAUCUAUUUGCAGGUUGCUGCUGCAAACUUCAUGGUCAUAAUAAAUCUUUCAUUUAAGAACCACAGUGAGUGCAUUCAUGUGUAGCACAACAUGCAGUGAUGCACAAUAGCAGUUCACAAGAAGGACAGGAAAAAAGCCUUGCAGCCUGUGGCUCCAGUGGAGCACAGGUCACUGGCCCUUGCCAUCACAGGAACUGGAAAUGGCUGGCACUGUGGGCUGAGUUGCUCAGGUAUACAAAUUAUUUGGUAUCUCUACUGGCUAACUGAGCCCAAGUAGUGGACAGGCUGAGCAGAGAUGAAAGUAUCCCCAUUACAGUGUAAAAGGAUGAGAAAGUAUCUUGCCAAAUGCUGAGCACUCUCUAGUGACCAAAGGGACUGGCUGUGAAGCACUACAGAGCUCUCCUUCCACUGCCUGACCUGGCCUUGGUGUGAGUCUGUUUAUCUUUGUGUUUCAUAGCUGAAGAACCUCUCUUUACAUUCUGAUUGAGAGGAAGGAAUGGAACUGCUUACAUUUCAUGGGUCUUCAGCAAAGUCCUGCUGACACUGACUGUACAUUAUGUUCUCUUUCACGGUGCUGCUCUCUACAUGUCAAUUUUCUGCACUCUGGAAUUUUAAUAAAAUAGUAAAUAAUGCAGUCAGCAUUAGUCAGUUGGCUGCUUGCUUAAAAUCUCAGCCAGCAGCCAGGAGGGUUUCAUUCUUAUUUGACUCUCACAGAAUGGUCAGAAACAAUUAUCCUAUGAGAAAAGAGCUGAAGUCUUGCAGCAGUGAGCAGGUGGAGAAAAACUCUCCACUGGUCCAGACUGAUGGUUUUGCUUACUUUCUAUUUCAGUUUAUUUUGAAAUAAUUGGGGUUUUUUUGCACCAGAAGCAAGUAUAAAUGCCAUUGCCAUUCUUUUUACAUGAGUUGAGGCACCAACUUUUUUAACUUUCUUAAAUUACUUUUCUUUGAACUCCUACAUCUGUAUUUUAAUUCUGUCCUCUGUCACUGUUAAAGAGGAAGGUGACUUCACUGAGUUAGGUAAUGGUGAUACAUGGUGAUACAUGGUGAGGAGAGUGAGGCAGAUGGUUGUUAUCAGCUCUUUCCUUCAAUGCCUUCCUGAAUCCAAACAGAGCUUUUGUUCAGUUCCAUCACUCCAAUCUCAGCUUUCUUGGGGAAUACUGCAUCACAUUGCAGCCUGCAGGAAAUCUGUGGGGAGCACCAUUGCCAUAUCCUGGAUCCAUGUAAAUCUAGAAGAGAAGGAAGUUCUUGUCUCCCAGGUGACCAACAUCCCUAACUUCCAUUUAUUUUAGAAUAUUGUGGGAUUACUUACCAGCAAUAUUGUAUCAAUUGGGAACAAGUGGGGAGGUGAAAAGUUUGGCAUAACAGAGCUCUGUGGUGCUGUGUUCCCUAGGAACAGACAUCAAGUUUAUUACCACAAAUGUGCUUUGGGUUGGAUCUCUUGAAUUCAAAAUGCUACUAAUUGUUUUAUCAGAAAAUGAUGGAACUGAGCUGAAUUUGUAGGUGUCUGCUCAUUCAGUGGCAAUCUUGGGAGUUGUGUUUCAUCCUGUUGAAACCCCAUGAGCUCAGUGUAUUACUGCUGUUAUAUUGACUGAAGGGUGCCAUAGAUAACAGCAGUAAUUUCUCUUUCUGCCUUGUUUCCUCUAUGAACUGGUAGGGUUUCUGAUAAUGUAGCUGCAUUUGCUAAUGCAUGUUCUUAUUUUGCCAUGAAAAUGACUUUUCUUUCUUCCCACAUGGCACUACUAGCCAGACAAUGUAGCUAGGAAUUCAUUUCUCCUGUGACCUGUGGAGCUGAAGACAAGGAAGAUGCUGACUGAAUGAUAAGGACUUCCUCCCUUUGUGGCUGCUGCAUCAAGAGGCACUGCAUGUAGCCACCUUUGUGCCUCCUAUUCAGUGUGAACACAAAGGUAUCUGCUGCACCACUACAGUCCUAAUGUGCAAGGGGAGAAGUGCUGUAGCUGCCUUGCUGGUUUACUGUUCUUGGAGUGUUCCUUAUGAAACGUGUUUGCCAUCUGUGAGGUUAUGGAACUCUGUCUUUUAGGGUUUUGGCAGCUAAUAGUGCAGGAGAUGCUGGAACUGGAGGGGCCUGGGAAGGCUACCAAGGAUCCCCUGUCUUUGGAAGUGCCCUGGGAGACACAGAACAGUUCACCAGCCUGUGUGUUCCAUCUGCUUUUUUAGCUGACAGCUCUGUGGCAGUGUCUGCAGGGGGAUCUCUGAAACCUCCAGAGGCAGCACGAGGGAUCCUCAAACUGUACCUGUUUGGGGCACCUGCUUCUGGUCCAGGCACCUGGGCUGGAUCUCCUCAGAGGAGGAGUGUGCAGGGUGUCACCUCCACUCCUGCCAUGGUGUGGGGUCCUGGGCAGUCACUGUGGCCAGGCAGAACCCCAUGGCUUCUUCAGAGCCCC